AUGGUUUCUGAACUGAACGAUUCUACAAAACUUUCCAAUCUUCAGGCCGAGUGUGCUCGACUUGGUUGCAUUACUUUCGAUCUCCCAGCUGAAAAUGCCACGAGUGGAAAAGUCUUGUGGCACGCCAUAAAGCGUUUCGAAAACCUCCACAAGAAGCACCGGCCGAUGAUAUUCAAAAUCGGCUACACGCACAAUGCAAUGUGGCGAUGCACCAAUUCACUGUAUGGCUACCAGCACGACAAAGCCAAGUGGAGUCACAUGAAGGUUCUCUACGUUUCAAAAGAGCCUUUCGGGCCGUCCAUGCUAGAAGCUGCCCUCAUUGCGAGAUUUGAAGGCACGGAGGGCUGCCGCAAUAUCAAAUCCGGCGGGGACACGGCUUCUUGUCGGGCGGCCAUCAGAACUGCCCGCAACGUCGUCGCGGACGUGGGGCGAGAUCAGGCUCGCUGCAGUGGAGGCCUCGAGGCUUUAGCAAAGUGCUCCCUGUAUCAUUCUGAACAAGCCACCCGGACACUUUUUGCAAAGAAGUUGAAGUUAUCAUUACCGAUUCCUUUCACAACGGUUUCAGUGGCCACGAAUUCUGAAGAUUCCAAAGUUUCCAUUCUGGAGCUGCAAACCUUGAGUCUGCAAAGCUGGGUUACUUUUCUUCUUCGUUCCAAUAACUGGCACAUAUUGGCUGGCCUGGUCAGACCCGACGCUCAAAGAUCAGAGAAAAUUUGGGAAUCGUGGUGGAACAAGUUUCGCCGCAUCGAGCCGAAUCAUCCGGUAUACAGGAUGGCCGAUGAGAACCGUCUGUCCUUGGGGCGGACAGCCGCGAUCGUGCUGCAUGGGGAUGAGGGGCGUGGCCGCCGCCGCGCCCCAUGUAUGAUCCUCUCCUACCAUAGUGUGUUAGGCCGUGGCACGAAUUAUGGUUUGGAGUCACAGAAAAAAGCUGGAGUAAAGAAGGCGUAUCUGAAACAAAAGUUGAACAUGAAAGGUCACUCAUACACAACCCGCUUCAUUACAGCAGUCUUACCUCGACAUCUUUAUUUGGACGGCGACAAAUCGUUUGAGGCUCUUUUGGAAAAGAUCUAUGAUGACGCCGUUUUCAUGAUCAAUACCGGCAUCGAAGACCAAGGGAAGUGCUACUGGGUGGCACUGAUUCGUACAGUGGGAGAUUGGCCAUUUUUGGUUAAGUCUGGUCAUUUAGACCGCUCCUUUGCCAACACCGUGAAAAAGCUCAACCAAGUUGCGAAGCCAAUUUGUCACUUGUGCGAAGCGGGUACCGAUCGCAUUCCUUUUGAGUGUAUUGGUACACGACACCCAGCUUGGGCACACACGCUCAAUGCUUCGUCACCCUUCAAGAGCCUUCCGCCUGCUGCCCGUGUCCCGCACUCGCCGGGAAGAUUACCUGAUCACUUCGCAUUUGACAUUUUCCACACCUUCCACUUAGGUGUGGGAAAGCACUUGAUGGGAUCCGUUAUCGUUCUGCUUUCCAACCAAGAGUCUGGAAACGUUGAAGUGCGGCUGGAGAAAAUCUCCGCGAAGUAUGUGAGCUGGUGCAAGGCGACUCGCAGAUCUGCUCUGCUAUCGAAGAUCACGAAGGAUAUGAUUUCUUGGUCUGCAUCGACCGACUACCCGAAAGGUGGUUGGUACAAGGCUACCAUCACAACCAAUAUGUUGGAAUGGGCUGAGACAUGCAAUCCAUUAGGAGAUCCACUGCUGGAGAAGGCCCUCUCAGCUGUCAGGAUUGCCAACAAGCUUUUCAGAAUUUUAUAUGCUGAAGACGUGUGGCUUUCUGUGGAGAGAUCCAACGAAGCUGGCCAAUUGGCCAGCCAGUUCCUACGCAGGUACGAGCAGUGUGCUCAGCUAGCGCAUGCUCAGGAGAAAACACUGUUCACACUCCAACCGAAGCUACAUCCUUUCCAUCAUUUCGCGAUCGACCUGUUGAGGGCUGCAAAUGGUGGAUACGAAUGUCUCAAUCCACUCGUGUUUUCGACACAAAUGAGCGAGGAUCUGGUGGGGCGACCGUCACGAUUGAGCCGCCGCGUGGCACCAAGGUUAGCGGUGCAAAGAACGUUAGAGCGCUACUUGCAAUCUGCGUAUUCCGAGUGGGUCAAUUCAGGCCUUUUGAUCGAGACGAAGCGCCGCUGA